GUUCUCAGGCAUAACGCCUCAGAUGCUGGCUGGGGUGACAACCACACUGCAGCAGGCACAGACGUCUCAAAACACUCCGGCUCACUGCUCACUGUUCCUUCUCUUUUCCCCUCAUCCACCCCCUUCUGGUCUCCACCCUCAUCCACCCCCUUCUGCUCUCCCCCUUACCACUCCCCCCUCGUGUUUUGAGACCGCAGAGACCAUCCUGGUCGGCCAUUCCACAGAGAGCGAUCUGCACGCGAUCCGGGCCGUCCAUCUGCGCGUGAUCGACACAUCACUGCUCUUCCCCCACCCCCGCGGCCCGCCCUUCAAGUGUGCCCUGCGCUUCCUAGCAGCGGAUUACCUUGGGCGGACCAUUCAGGCUGGGUGGUGGGCAGGGAGGGGCGGGGUGGAGGGGCGAGGAGGGAGGGGACGGAGAGGGGGGAUGAGAGGGGGGUUGAGAGGGGGAGGAUGGUCGUUUCACAGGGGGGGUGUUGGUGCUGGUAGUGGUGGUGCUGACGGUGCCGCUUCUUCUUCUUCUUCUGCAGCUGCUGCUGCUGCUGCUGCUGCUGGUGUGGCGACGGCGGCAGUGGCUGCAGCGGGUGCUGCAAGUGGUUACCGCAGGAGUAACACGUGGUGCCGUAAUGCUCAAAAGCCAGUUGCAGCAGCACCGCCGGCUACAGCAGCAGGAGGAGUGGGUGGUGACGGAGAGGUGGCAGCAAACGGCGUGCGGCAUGAGACUGCGAACGGCGGGACCACAGCAGGUGGAGCAGCAGAAGAAGCCACAGCAGCAGCAGGAGUAGCAGCAGCAGCAAGUGAGGGAGCAGCAGCGAGAGAGGGCGCAGAAGCAACAGAAGGAGCAGUAGCGAGAGAGGGCGCAGCAGAGGAGCAGCAGGGCACAGUGGCAUCGGACAGUGCCGGGCAUGACAGCGUGGAGGACGCACGGGCUGCUCUUGACCUCGCCCUGCUCAAAAUACAACAUGGUCCCCACUUCGGUCUACCUCGAAGAGCCUCAAAGCUGCACCACACGGAGAACAUUCUCACGCGCCUCUCUGCCUCCGGGCGGCACUGCACCGUCGUGCUGCACGCGCAAGCUGCCAGGCCUGACCUCUUUUUGGGCGGCAACUCCAACUCCACGUCAGAGAUUCUGUGCCUCAAGCACGGGGACUUGGGCAAGGUUGCGAGCAGAGAGGCGUGCAAGCCAUUACUCAACCUCCUGGCAGCCACCUUCCCCUCCCUCAUGGCCUCCCUCUCCGCCCGCUGCUCCUCCAUCGCCUCCAUGCCUCGACUCGCCGCUGCCCUUGCAUCCGAACCUGUCGCAGAACCUGCUUCCAUGCCGCGUGCCACCAACCCUGCGUCCAAACGUACACCUGAGCUUGCCCCCAAACCUGCAUCACCACCACAACUAGAGACUGCGAAGGAGCAGAGACAGGCACAGCAGCAGCAAAUGGACCAGCAGCAAUUUUUGGCACCUACUCAUCCAGCUGACUGUGCGGUGGAGGAAUCUUCCAGGAAGGUGGAUGCGCAGGUGGGGCUGGUGCACGAGUCUCUGCCGCCCAACACGCUGCUGCUCGUCCUGACGGGGUGCGGCGACACGCCAGCUGUCAGACGCAUGAUGGAGUGGCGGUGGAAGCGGCAGCAGUGGAGGAGCACGGGCAUGGAGCCCUGGGACGAGCACCUCGAUGCCCUCUUGAUCCGCAUGCAGGAGAGAGCCUCUGCUGCCCUGUGCUUGGCGACCGUGAAGCAAUGA